GCCACCUCGGGAGCUUACUAACCAACAAGGCCGAAAUAUUGGAGCUCUUCGGAAGCUUUCUGGCGUAUAUAUAAGCCACUGUUGUUUUAAAACACAAUUUUUUUGUUGUUGUCAUCAAGCUGUUAUUACAUUUAAUGUAAUAUUUAACAUUGUUAGAUUCUCUAGCUAGCUGGUUAACUUAGCAGUAGGACUAGGCUAACGCUAACUAGCUAGCUAGCUAACAUCAUCGACCAUAGAGUCACAAAGCUACUCUUCCCCCAGUUGCUAAAGAAGAGGUCUGCUUCACGGAGAAAGAGGGUUUCGAGGAGGCUGUUACAGUGAAAGGAGAAAAGGAAGACGCUUUCAGAGUGAAAGAGGAGGAGGAUGUUGACUACCGUGAAAGAAGAGAAGGAAGAGAAAGAGGAGGCUGCAGUUUUUGGAAUAAAGGAGGGGGAGAUGACUGUUACAGUGAAAGAAGAGGAAGACGUUUUUGGAGUGAAGGAGGAAGAGGAGGGGGAGAUGACUGUCACAGUGAAAGAAGAGGAAGACGUUUUUGGAGAGAAGGAGGAAGAGGAGGGGGAGAUGACUGUUACAGUGAAAGAAGAGGAAGACGUUUUUGGAGAGAAGGAAGAGGGGGAGAUUACUGUCACAUUGGAGGACGAAGAAGAACAGAAGACUGGAGAUCUGAUUAACACCAGUGAAUACAGAGAGAGACCAGACUCUCACUCUGACAGCAGGAAGAGUCCUUCAGGGGAACCAGACCCAGAGACGCCCAAACCAGCGAGACGACAUCACUGGUCCCAGUGUAAAAAGAGUUUUAAGUGGUUAUGGAAGCUGAAAAGUCAUGAUAGAACAGACAUAGUAGGGAAGACUUCACAAUGUUCCCAAUGUGGAAAGAGUUUUACCCGGUUAGGGAACCUGAAAAGGCAUGAGAGAAUACACACAGGAGAGAAACCUUUCCAAUGUGCCCAAUGUGGAAAGAGUUUUACACGGUUAGGGAGCCUGAAAGAACAUAAAAUAAUACACACAGGAGAGAAGCCUUUCCAAUGCUCCCGGUGUGGAAAGGGCUUUAGGUGGUUAGGGAAUCUGAAAAAGCAUGAGAGAACACACACGGGUGAGAAACCGUUCCAAUGCUCCCAGUGUGGAAAGAGUUUUCCACAGUUAGGGAGCUUGAAGGAGCAUGAAAGGACACACACAGGGGAGACAUCUUACCAUUGCUCCCUGUGUGGAAAGGAUUUUACCAAGCUAAGGAACCUGAUAAAACAUACAGAAUUACACACAGGAGAGAAGCCUUUCCAAUGUUCCCAGUGUGGGAAGGGAUUUACACGGUUAGGGAACCUGAAGGAUCACAAAAGAGUACACACAGGAGAGAAACCUUUCCAAUGUUCCCAGUGUGGAAAGAGUUUUACACGGUUACGGAGCCUGAACGAACAUAAAUUAAUACACACAGGAGAGAAGCGUUUCCAAUGUUCUCAGUGUGGAAAGGGUUUUACCCUGUUAGGGAGCCUGAAAAAGCAUGAGAGAACACACACAGGAGAAAAGCCGUUCCAAUGCUCCCAUUGUGGGAAGAGUUUUACACAAUUGGGAAGCUUGAAGGUACAUGAAAGGGCACACACAGGGAAGACAUCUUACCAUUGCUCUCUGUGUGGAAAGAAUUUUACCAAGUUAGGGAACCUAAAAAAACAUAAACAAUUACACACAGGAGAGAAACCUUUCCAAUGCUCCCAGUGUGGGAAGGGUUUUACACGGUUAGGGAACCUGAAGGAUCAUAAAAGAGUACACACAGGAGAGAAGCCAUUCCAAUGUUCGCAGUGUGGAAAGAAUUUUACAUGGUUAGGAAACCUGAAAAAGCAUGAGAGAACACACACAGGAGAGAAGCCGUUCCAAUGCUCCAAGUGUGGAAAUAGUUUUAAAAGGUUAGGGAGCCUGAAGGAGCAUGAAAGGACACACACAUGGGAGACAGCUUACCAUUGCUCUAUGUGUGGAAAGAAUUUUACCAAGUUAGGGAACCUAAACAAACAUGAAAAAUUACACACAGGAAAGAAGACUUUCCAAUGCACCCAGUGUGGGAAGGGUUUUACACGGUUAGGGAAUCUGAAGGACCAUAAACGAACACACACAAGAGAGAAGCCUUUCCAAUGCUCCCAGUGUGGAAAGGGUUUUACCCAGAUAGGGAACCUGAAAAGGCAUGAGAAAAUACACACAGGAGAGAAGUCUUUCCAUUGUCCGCAGUGUGGAAAGGAUUUUACCCAGUUAGUGAACCUGAAAAGGCAUGAGAGAACACACACAGUUUUAACAAUGACCCCAGGAGUUGGAAACAGUUCGAAGAACAGAACAGAAAACCGCGUAAGAACAAAAAACAUGAAGAAACAGAAACCGAACCGGGAAAGAAAGUGAAAUCUCUACAGUUCUGAAACAGAACCUUUAUUUCAAAAGUAAAGUAUUAAUAACGUUCUUUUAAAGUAACUGAAAAUCUUCUUUAAAAAGUUAACAUUCUGUUAACUCAUCGACAUAAUGUUGAGACAUGCUGUACUCAUAUUUGUGGACAAAGCAUAAAUUUACACUUCAAAAACCCUCAAACUUGUAUCUCAAACAGACUGUUUAAAAAAAAUUACUAUUUCCGUCAUAGAACACGUUAUCUCCCUGCGGAGGAUGAGCUUGCCAAUCUGUUGUUGGGGUACGACCCACACCAUUCUGUUGUUGGGGUACGCCCACACCUUUCUGUUGUUGGGGUACGACCCACACCCUUCUGUUGUUGGGAUACGCCCACACUAUUCUGUUGUUGGGGUACGACCCACACCAUUCUGUUGUUGGGGUAUGACCCACACCAUUCUGUUGUUGGGGUACGCCCACACCAUUCUGUUGUUGGGUUACGACCCACACUAUUCUGCUGUUGGGGUACGACCCACACCAUUCUGUUGUUGGGGUACGCCCCACACCAUUCUGUUGUUGGGGUACGCCCCACACCAUUCUGUUGUUGGGGUACGCCCACACCAUUCUGUUGUUGGGGUAUGACCCACACCAUUCUGUUGUUGGGGUACGACCCACACCAUUCUGUUGUUGGGGUACGACCCACACCAUUCUGUUGUUGGGGUACGACCUACACCAUUCUGUUGUUGGGGUACGCCCCACACUAUUCUGUUGUUGGGGUAUGACCCACACCAUUCUGUUGUUGGGGUACGCCCACACCAUUCUGUUGUUGGGAUACGCCCACACCAUUCUGUUGUUGGGGUACGACCCACACCAUUCUGUUGUUGGGGUACGACCACACCAUUCUGUUGUUGGGGUAUGACCCACACCAUUCUGUUGUUGGGGUACGCCCACACCAUUCUGUUGUUGGGAUACGCCCACACCAUUCUGUUGUUGGGGUACGACCCACACCAUUCUGUUGUUGGGGUACGACCACACCAUUCUGUUGUUGGGGUAUGACCCACACCAUUCUGUUGUUGGGGUACGACCCACACCAUUCUGUUGUUGGGGUACGACCCACACCAUUCUGUUGUUUGGGUACGACCCACACCAUUCUGUUGUUGGGGUACGCCCCACACUAUUCUGUUGUUGGGGUACGACCCACACCAUUCUGUUGUUUGGGUACGACCCACACCAUUCUGUUGUUGGGGUACGACCCACACCAUUCUGUUGUUGGGGUACGACACGCACCAUUCUGUUGUUGGGAUACGACACGCACCAUUCUGUUGUUGGGGUACGACCCACACCAUUCCGUGGUUGGGGUAAGACCCACACCAUUCUGUUGUUGGGGUACGACCCACGCCAUUCUGUUGUUGGGGUACGACCCACACCAUUCUGUUGUUGGGAUACGACCCACACCAUUCUGUUGUUGGGAUACGCCCACACUAUUCUGUUGUUGGGGUACGACCCACACCAUUCUGUUGUUUGGGUACACCCACACCAUUCUGUUGUUGGGGUACGACCCACACCAUUCUGUUGUUGGGGUACGACCCACACCAUUCUGUUGUUGGGGUACGACACGCACCAUUCUGUUGUUGGGAUACGACACGCACCAUUCUGUUGUUGGGGUACGACCCACACCAUUCCGUGGUUGGGGUAAGACCCACACCAUUCUGUGGUUGGGGUACUCCCACACCAUUCUGUUGUUGGGGUACGACCACACCAUUCUGUUGUUGGGGUACGCCCAUACCAUUCCACCACAGAAAAUAUGCUUUUAACAUAUUUAUUAUAGAAAAGAGUGAAAGGAAAGUAUUUAUCAGUAAUUAUAAGUCAUAUUUCAUAGAAAUCUGGAAACAAUGGGAACUUACUUUAAUUAAGUUCCAGGCAGUUACAGGACCUCUCGAGUGGCGCAGCGGUCUAAGGCAUCGCAGUGCGAGCUGUGCUCCUAGAGAUCCUGGUUCUAGUCCAGGUUCUGUCUCAGUGCAGGUUCUGUCUCUGUCUCAGUUCUGUCUCAGUAGAGAUCCUGGUUCUAGUCUAGGUUCUGUCUCAGUGCUAUCUGUGUCACUAGAGAUCCUGGUUCUAGUCCAGGUUCUGUCUCAGUGCUAUCUGUGUCACUAGAGAUCCUGGUUCUAGUCCAGGUUCUGUCUCAGUGCUAUCUGUGUCACUAGAGAUCCUGGUUCUAGUCCAGGUUCUGUCUCAGUGCUAUCUGUGUCACUAGAGAUCCUGGUUCUAGUCCAGGUUCUGUCUCAGUGCUAUCUGUGUCACUAGAGAUCCUGGUUCUAGUCCAGGUUCUGUCUCAGUGCUAUCUGUGUCACUAGAGAUCCUGGUUCUAGUCCAGGUUCUGUCUCAGUGCAAGCUGUGUCACUAGAGAUCCUGGUUCUAGUCCAGGUUCUGUCUCAGUGCUAUCUGUGUCACUAGAGAUCCUGGUUCUAGUCCAGGUUCUGUCUCAGUGCAAGCUGUGUCACUAGAGAUCCUGGUUCUAGUCCAGGUUCGCAUUCGUCCAUGACCGGGAGACCAAUGAGGCGGUGCACAAUUGGCCCAGCAUCGUCGGGUUUAGGGGAGGGUUUGGCUCAGCAUCGUCGGGUUUAGGGGAGGGUUUGGCCCAGCAUCGUCGGGUUUAGGGGAGGGUUUGGCCCAGCAUCGUCGGGUUUAGGGGAGGGUUUGGCCCAGCAUCGUCCGGUUUAGGGGAGGGUUUGGCCCAGCAUCGUCCGGUUUAGGGGAGGGUUAGGCCCAGCAUCGUCCGGUUUAGGGGAGGGUUAGGCCCAGCAUCGUCCGGUUUAGGGGAGGGUUAGGCCCAGCAUCAUCCGGUUUAGGGGAGGGUUAGGCCCAGCAUCAUCCGGUUUAGGGGAGGGUUAGGCCCAGCAUCGUCCGGUUUAGGGGAGGGUUAGGCCCAGCAUCAUCCGGUUUAGGGGAGGGUUAGGCCCAGCAUCAUCCGGUUUAGGGGAGGGUUAGGCCCAGCAUCGUCCGGUUUAGGGGAGGGUUUGGCCCAGCAUCGUCGGGUUUAGGGGAGGGUUUGGCCCAGCAUCGUCCGGUUUAGGGGAGGGUUUGGCCCAGCAUCGUCCGGUUUAGGGGAGGGUUAGGCCCAGCAUCAUCCGGUUUAUGGGAGGGUUUGGCCCAGCAUCGUCCGGCCGGCCACAAUGCAUGCUGACAUGGUCGCCAGGUGUACAGCGUUAACUCGUUGGCUUCCGGGUUAAGCGGGUAUUGUGUCAAGAAGCAGUACGGCUUGGCUGGUGUGUUUUGGAAGACGCAUACUAUAGUUACUAUAGCAUACUAUAGUUAUCACGUUUCACAUUGGAUUUAUCAACUACAGAAAGGUAAGAUGUGUUUUUAGUGCUGGUGUCACUCUGAACACACACUGAAGUUCAACGUUCCUCCAUAGAAGCCUCCUCCUCCUCCGUAGGUAUAAUUCUGUGGGUCUAAUUCAGAUAAUGAUACGCUACAACAAGAUGCUCUUCAAGACAAGCCUGCUCCUCCCUCCUCGCUCUCUCCGCCCACAAAAUGUAUGUGGCCUCUUGCGCUCUACACUUGUCUGUCCAUCACGCAUGUAAAUAACUAGCUUGCCCGCUCCCAUAGCAAGCUGCUCUGUCCACACUGAUUGGUGCGGAAUGAAAGGAGUUCUGGUUCUAGAAUUGUGGUUCCAACCCCUGGGGUGUAUUCAUUACGAAACGGGGAGGGACUUAUCAGAAUUGGUCCAAUAGAAAAAGGGGAGGGACUUAUCAGAAUUUGUCCGAUAGAAAACGGGGAGGGACUUAUCAGAAUUUGUCCAACAGAAAAUCCGCCCAAAAUUGCAAAAUGUUCCCGAAUAAGGGAAUGUUUUACCCAGUUAGGAAAUCUGAAAACACAUGAGAGGGACACACAGGAGAAAAAUCUUUCCAAUGUUCCUAGUGUGGAAAGCGUUUUACCCAGUUAGUGAACCUGAAAACACAUCAGAGGGAGCACACAGGGGAAGAUAAGACCUUCCUCAUUUUCCAGGACACCUACAAUAAGAUCAUAAAGGGGGGGCUGUGUUCUGACAUGUUUUUGACUGAGAAUUUGUGUUUUUGUUGAUGUCGCAUGAAAUCAUGUUUGUAUGAAAUAUUACCACAAAAAAAAGGCCUACUUGAGUUUUUUUUUCCCUCGAGACGAGACAUUUUAAAACGUGUAUUUUAUUUUGAUUAUGGAUUUGGAUUUAUUGAAUAGCAAUAUGAACCCUUUAGAUGUUAAUGAUUUGAUUUGGAAAGUUGUAGAUUUUAUUAAAUAGAUUUGAAUGAAUGUGUAUUUCUUGUUUCUAACCUUGAAAAAAAACUUGUCAAUUUAGUCGUUUUGUUUCAUUUAAUUAAUUUGUGUUGUUGUGUCUGUGACUAUCAUUAAACGUAAAGACUUAU